CGCCCAGUGGGACGGCGCUCGGCUGGCGCGGGGCGGAGUCUGUGGUGGCUGCACUGGUAGCAGCAAGCGCAGCUGGUUCGAACAGGCUGAGGUGGCAACUGGUAGUCGGCGCUAGCGGCAGAGGCAAAGUCAGAGCCGCAGGAGAAGGAUGAAUGGAGCAGCUGGACCUUCGCAUAUUGACAGCCGCGAGCGAGUUCUCAAGUUAGGGGGCAGUUUUGAGAAGCAGCCUCGCUGCGCCUUCCACACUGUGCGCUAUGACUUCAAACCUGCCUCUAUUGACACUUCUUGUGAAGGAGAGCUUGAAGUUGGCAAAGGUGAACAGGUGACAAUUACUUUACCAAAUAUAGAAGGUUCAACUGCACCAGUAACUGUUUUCAAAGGUUCAAAGAAACCUUACUUAAAAGAAUGCAUUUUGAUUAUUAACCAUGAUACUGGGGAAUGUCGUCUAGAAAAACUCAGCAGCAACAUCACUGUAAAAAAAACAAGGUUUGAAGGAAGCAGUAAAAUUCAGUAUCGAAUAGAACAGCAGCAGCAACAAACGCGAAAUUCAGCUAGGACUCCUAAUCUUAUAAAACAUUCUCCAUCCGAAGACAAGAUGUCCCCAGCAUCUCUGAUGGAUGAUAUUGAAAGAGAACUGAAAGCAGAAGCUAGUCUAAUGGACCAGAUGAGUAGUUGUGAUAGUUCAUCAGAUUCCAAAAGCUCAUCAUCUUCAAGCAGUGAGGAUAGUUCCAGUGAUUCAGGAGAUGAAGAGAGCAAAUCCUCUCCCGAUCCAGGGAACUAUAUCUCAGAACAUCCUACCAUGUCUAUCAUGCCACAGUGCAGGAUUCCUGAGAUAGUGGCUGGUCAGAAUAAACAUCAUGACAACAAUGGCCUUCUGAUGAAUACUUUAAGAAAUGAUUUGCAGCUGAGUGAAUCAGGAAGUGACAGUGAUGACUGAAGAAAUAUUCAGCUAUAAGUGUAAAAUUUGCAAGAUGUGAUAAUUUAUCUUAGGAAUAAAAAUUUCUAAGACUGAGGAAAAUGUAUCCUAACUUUGAUAAUAAAUUUAAUCUGAUUCAGAA